UAACCUUUUUAUAUUAUGAUAAAAGAUUCAUUUAAUGAGAUAGUUUGCUUUUCAUCAUCAGGUGAUCGAUGUAUCAAAGCUUCUUCUUCAUGAUGUAUUCAACAAAGUCCAUCAAUAUAUAUCAUCUUCAUGGGGAUCAACUAUUGGGAUGAUAAUAGUUUGGAGUGGGGAUGCAAUGGCUAAUCAACUCAUGCAAGUAAUCAUGCAAGUAGUCAGAGAUCUCAAACGUGAUUCAAAUCCACCAAUUCUCUUAUUACCUUUGGGAUCAAAAGCUAAUAUUUCGUUUUCACUUGGAUGGGAGAAUCAACCACCAGGAACAGCACCUAAGCAUAUGGUCGAAUUAUAUAUAGAGUUGUUGGGCAAACCAGAAAAGGAUAUAGACAGUUGGGGGAUUGUAAUGAAAAUGAAAUCUAUUCCAGAAGGUUUUCCUACUCUUGAAGAAAACUCGCAACCUAUGGAAGCUGACAAAGAAUUUCAUGUAAUAUUUUGGAACUACUUUAUUAUCGGAUUGGAUAUUGAAGAUUUGUCACAGAAAAAUGAUGGAUGUUGUGGUAGUUGUUCUUUGACGUCUUGGCCAAGGAACAUUGUUCUACCUAUCGGUAUUAAAACUAAAGAUGAACAAGGAGAGUGGAAGGAAAUAAGCAUACCACACAGCACCAGGUCAAUCAUUUGCGUUAACUUGCCUUGCUUUCCAGAUAGACCAAAUGUAAAAAAAAAAUAUAGAAACUUUAAAGAUCCUUUUGUAGAUGAUGGGCUUCUUGAAGUUAUUUGUUUUAAAGAUGCAUGGCAUGGAAAUGAUUUUCUUCCUUCCAAAGAUCGAGGGGAAUGUCUUGUGCAGGUGGAAACAAUCCGCUUUGAGCUUUACAAUAGUGCAGUCAACAAUAUCCAUAUGAGCAUUGACGGGAAUAGAUGGAAACUUCCUCUCCCUAUUGAGGACGACAAUAAGGUGAUUAAGAUCUAUCAUUCAGGAAAAACAAAGGUGUUAGUAAAUUCCAACUCAAGGUGCAAAUUCAAAUCGCUUGAUGAGUGAUAUUGAAUGUCUUCCAAAGAGUUGAGCGGUGUUCUCAGUCCAUGCCAGAACAAUCAAAUUGUAUUACUUUUAUAGUGAGUAAAUAUUUCAUAUAAUUGCUA